UUAGUGGCAAUGCACGUAACACUCUGCGUUAGAAGCACGAGCCAGCGAAGCCCAACAUCAAGACCACGCUGAAUAAUUAGGUGGCAGUGAUUUGUUGCGAAUAUACAUGCGCUUUUGUCGUUUUCAACUUAAUUCAUUUAAAAAUAAUUCGUGUACAAAUAAACUUACUAAACAGUAGUCCUUCUGUACACUUAUUUAACUAUUUUGUUGUAUAUAGAACAUUUUUAAUUACUAGUUUAAUUGAAGAUAUGCAGAGAGAAUAAACAGUACUAGCAUCUGCUGAGAUUCGUAGUCUGCAAACUGCUACUUCAGUGAGACUUCAUACCUCCUUCGCUUCAUCGAUUUUGUGCUUCUCUGAGCCGUGCGUAGCCAUGCGCCCAUUCUCUCGGUUCUUUACCACUGAAAUCGGAUCAAAGAACUGACUCCUGACUUGGCAUUUUCCCUUUUUUUUGGAAAUAUUUAAUUGAUUUUCAUCAGUGUUUUGAUUGCAUUUGUUUUGGAUUUCCUGACACCCCGUUAAAUUCUUCAUCUGGAAAUUGCAUGGAAGCGCGAAAUGAAAUUUUUUGCCUACAUCAUCCAAAUAGUUGCUGCUGUCCAGCUACAAGUUUCACCUGCGCAGUUUCAGAGUUUUCUGUCCGGUGCCAACAGCACAUUUGAAGUGGUGUCGUUCCAAGACGUGUGGGAGCGCAGCUUCUGUCGCACUAUCGAAAAGCUGGUGGAGGUGGUACAGGAAUAUCCCGGGGAGGUGGAGCACAUCUUCAGCCCCUCCUGUGUGCCCCUUGUGCGCUGUGCUGGCUGCUGUGGCGACGAGAACCUGGAGUGCCGGCCCACAGACACCAGCAACGUCACCAUGCAGCUGCUGAAGAUCAAGCCAGCAGAAGGAGACAGAGAAUAUGUAGACAUGACUUUUGUGGAGCAUAAAGCAUGUGAAUGUAGACCCAAAAAACUGCUGAGAAAUGGAAGACGGAGGCAGAAAGGGAGAGGGAGGAAGAGGAAGGACAAACAGAGGCCGAAGGAUUGUGAUACGUGUCAGCCUCCACGCAGGUAACUGCAGUCCUGCCCCCACGGCGACCUCCACCUGUAUUUAUCUCCCCUCGGCGGUCUUCUAAGCACUUUUCCGGAUAUCGUGUCGCUCGGCACCUGGGACUGAAGCGGCGGGGU